AUGAUGCUUAUUUCAGCAUUGACCCAAAUACUCAACGAUGAAGACAACAUGGAAGACCAAUAUGCAAGCAAUGAAGGAACUCACAACAAUCAACAUAGUCAACAACAACAAGAAACAAAUGGCAAUCCCAGAGCCAAGAAAGAGCUGACUGUAUCCCAGAAGAGACAGAUUGUUGAUGAUUUUUUAUUACAACAUCAGUGUGGGGAAAUACCAAGAGGAGUUUUAACAAAGCAAGAAAUCAAGUUUCAGGUACACAGGUCAACUAUUCACAGACUAAUCAAAGACAUUAAGACACAAAUGGCAGUGGGGAAUGUGAUAGAUGUCAGAAGCAAGAAGUUGGGCAAAACUGGACCCAAACCAAUAGAAUACACAGAUGAGUUCCUGCAAUCAGCCCCAUUGUACAAGAGGGUGACUGAGAGAAGCUAUGGAGCAACUCUCAAAAUAUCACAUGUCACCAUCCACAAGUUAAAGAAAAAAGGAAGACUCAGAACACAUACAAGCACAAAUCGCCCUGCACUGACAUCCAACCACAAGAUAACAAGACUAAAAUGGGUGUUAAGCCAUCUACUGCCAGCUGAAGAUAAUAGGGACCCACAGUUUCUGGAUAUGCAGCAAGUAGUGCAUAUUGAUGAAAAAUGGUUCUACUUGAACCCAGACACCAGGAGGUUCUACCUCCUGCCCAAUGAGCCUAACCCAUACAUGUGCCAACAAUCCAAAAGGUUCAAGGUAAAAGCAAUGUUUAUGGCUGCCAUUGGGAAGCCAAUUUUUGACCCCCAAGGAAAUGUCUUACAUGAUGGAAAAUAUGGAAUUUUUCCAUUUGUGUAUGAAACCACAGCAAAGAAAAAAAGCAAAAACAGGGAGGCAGGUGUUGUGGAAACAAAGGCAAUACAAAAUGUCAACAAAGAGGCAAUCAGGGCAAUGUUGCUAGAUUUGGGGUUGUUUAAUGUCAUUCAAUCCAUACAAUACCAAUCAUUUCCUAAGAACUUAAUGGAACUCAUUGAGAAAGUGAAAGAGGCUUAUGACUUGUUUAAUCCUAUUUCAAACAAGCAUUGUUGGAUAACAUUGCAAUGUUGCAUGGAAGAAAUACUCAAACAUCUUGGGGGGAAUCAUUUUACCCCUCCACACAAAGGCAAGAAAAGGCUGGAAAGAAUAGGCAUGUUGCCAGAAAUACUACAUGUGGACAGGACUUUGGUUCAUCAAGCUGUUGAUCACCUCAACAGUAUGUUCAUAGAAAUAGGUCAAGGCAAUUACAAUGAUGAUGGAAUGGAAGUUGAUGCAGACUGA